GACAUAUCUGUCAAAAAGAUCGGGCGCGCUUUGCUGAUUGGACUUCUGAUGGCGGGAAAAGCCUCCCACAAUAUGUGAGCUCAGAUUUUGUGGUAUUCCGUUUUCUACUCCUCUUCCCCGUCAGUGCACGUCUUCAUGGAGAAAUAUUUGGUCCCAGUAGCUCCUGCUCAGCAAAACCCUAAAGCGCCUCGAAGGCAGCCAUGGCAGAAAGUUAUGUUUGAAUUGAAUGGAAGAACCAAUAGGAAAUACCUCCACCUUGCUUCGGCUCUAAUUGCGCAAUCCUAUUCUAUGGUGGCGGGAUUCCCUCACACAUAUCACAACAAUGAAGUGCCAUGUCCAACACAUAUGAGCUGGUUUCAAGGUGGUACCUAUAACCACAAUCUAAUUGGCAGUGAGGGCAUAUCUGCAUUAGAAUUUGAUCGAAAGGGGGUUUAUCUGGCAUCAGUAACAAAAUCAGGUUGCUUAACGGUGCACGAUUUUGAAGAUCUAUUUUACGAAGGGAAAGUAUUUCCUUUAGGUUUUAAAGAAGAUGAAGGAAAACUGUUGCUCCACAUAUCUACACUUAAUCAACUUGAUGUAGUUAGAUGGAAUAUAUGCAAUCAAAAUGAGGUUGCCUGUACAUCUCUAAAGAGUUCUGAAGUACAUAUAUAUGACAUUGGGUACAUAUCUUCUGAACCAAUGGAUGUACUUAAAAAGAGGCCUACAAUCAACAUCAAUGGUUACACGACCCGGAAAGGUUUAUCAGAUAUAGCUUUUUCUUCAAAUAACAAUUCAAGGCUGUUUGCUUCUGAUUUCUCUGGUAUGGUGAAUGUAUGGGAUAGAAGAAUGAGUCAUUUUCCAUGUCAUGAGCUCAGAACCAAUUGCAAUGAUGCCAUUACUAGCAUAAAACUUAAUGCCGAUAAUCAGGUUGUGUUUGGGGCCAGUAAGCAUGGGUCUAUAUACAUGUGGGACAUACGCGGUGGAAGAUCUGCUGCUGCUUUCCAGAACAACACUGAUUGUUGUUCUCCUCUGUUGUCUGUGAAGUUGGAAACAGAGUUUGGGAAAAUUAAAUCUUUGAAGGCUCAGUCUAAUGUUCGCAUGAAGGAAAUACACUCCAUUGACAUUAAUCCAUCUUGCCAAUAUCAAUUGGCAUUUCAUCUUGAUGAUGCUUGGUCUGGUGUUUUUGAUACCAACUGUAUGAAGGUAACACAUGUGCAUUGCCCCCCUCCAGCUUGGUUACGAGAUAACAUUGAUGGAUUGGGAAACCUUGGCCACCUACGAAAGCCUUCAUGGCUGCCUUCUUAUUCGAUCUAUGCAGUUGGAUCAGAUGAUGGACUUCACCUUUUGGAUUUCUACCCGGACUGUAGCUCCCCAUGCCAUGUAGAUUUUGAUGAGGAGAUAGAAGGCACAAGCCAAGUACAAAAUCAACACAGACGAAAUGAAUUUAUCUCAUUAAGAGAAGGGGUUACGGCAUGCACAGUUCAUCCCAUAACCAGCACCAUAGUAGCUGGAACGAAGCUGUCGUCACUCCUAGUUAUAUCCCAAGCACCAGUCUCAUGUCAAGGUGAUGACGAUUGUCAACGCUGCAAUGUGAAUGUCCCAAAGGUCCUUGAGCAUGCUGCCAUUGAUGCAUCCUGAAAAUAUGAUUUAUUAAUGGUCUCCAGUCUAGUAGUUGUCCGAGAACAAUACAUCGACUCCUCUAGCCUCUAGGGAUAAAGAUUUUUAACGACACCACAAAGCAAAGCACACCAUCUGUUACGAGGGUAAAAUGCAUAAGUAGUGGUUCAUUUACAAAGGGAAGACACAGACACACAGUAGUGUUAUUACAUCAAGUAAAGUUUUGGAUGUGACAUGUAAGACUAGCAUAGUAUGUUUGUGGUAUAAAGCGUUGGUACUCUUGGUUCCAUUAUAUGUUGGGCUGCAUGCAAACUGUUUCAUGCUAUAUUUGCAAUAUAUACCACUACGAGUCGACAAG